AGGCGUACACAGGCCUUUUUAUGGGGUGGUACUGUCCCUUUAAGAAGUGAAGCUUUUGGAAAGUUAUGUGGCUGAGGGAGGAAGAAGGUGAUUGAAGUUAGUGAGUCGUGUUUCCGGGCUGUUCUGGGGACUCCAGCUGGAAACGUUAGAUACAAUCGUAAGGAUCACCUACUGCUACUGGGACUUACUUUUGUUGUAACUAUAACAGACUAUGUACCCAUGUGGAAUACGAGCCUCUUCCAACAGGGCUGAUAGGCUGAAUAGGUCAGCCUGCAGAUACAGUGCCUAAUGACUGGCAAAUUGACCUGGGAAAGAAGAUGAUGAUGGUGAUACAAAAGAACCAGCUUUUUGUUAUUGUUGUUGCGCUUUGCAUUUGAAUGCAUCAGAGGAAAAGAGAGAUUGCUUUGGGGACAUUUGAAGAGUUCUUACCAUUUGGUUAGCUGCCUGUGGAGGAGGGAGCCAUGUCUCAAGGAACUGACAUGGUGAACCUUUCCUUUCUUACAGACAAGGAAAAGGAUCUUAUAUUGGAGGUUCUGCGUCGUGAUGAGGACUUGCGCAACAAAGAAGAGAAGCGGAUACGGAGGCUGAAACAUGAGCUUGUAGAUAUCCGUCGGAAAGGAGCAAAACGAGUUAGUCGAGAGUAUGGAGACAGGACUUGUGCACGCUGCCUGCAAAAAGUAGGACGACUUGGGAGUAAUUCUGGCAUCUGCUACAACUGUAGUCACCUGGUGUGUACAGCAUGUAGAGUAACACAUGCAAAUGGGACCUGGAAAUGUACUGUCUGCACAAAAGAAGCGGAACUGAGGAAAGCAACAGGAGAUUGGUUUUUCGACCAGCGGAACAACCGUUUUGAAAAUAAUAUUGGGAGUGAGAUGGUACGUGCAUCAUUGCGACGUCCCACUCCGGCGCCAGCACCCAAACGUGAAACAACAGCACAGGUGCUUUUACAGCAGAACAAGCUUAAAGAACAGGCCACAGGCAAAGACAAGAUUCUGGAAACUGAUAGGAGGAUACAAAGCAGGGGCAGGAAAGCAGCAGACCUGGCAGAACAGAAGAGCGACACAGAAUCUGUGGAGAAAUCAAGUCUGUACAGCAGUCAGUCAGAUUCUAAAAGAAGUACACCCACCACGUCGAGGCGGAACUCUAAUGAAAAUGUUAGCACCUUGCAGGGUGGGCGUUCCACUGCUAAAUCAUCUGGAACAGGUGUUGCUACACUGAGGGUCCCAGGCCAAGGAGUUAGGGAGCCAGCCUCUGGACAGGACAGUGCAUAUUCAGAAUCUGAAUCAGAGUCCCGAAUGGGAAAUCGUAGUGCUGGGUCUGCAGAUGAAAAUGAACUGUUUAGAAGGAACCCUAAGCGAAUCCUGAAACCUACAGAUUACAGUAAGUCAGUGUUGGAUGUACGAUUUGCUGACUCUUCAGGAAAUGAAGGAUCCAUGGGAGAUCGUAGCAAGUCUGUGCCGGGCCUUAAUGUUGAGGAAGAGGAGGAAGACAUUGAUGCUUUGGUGGAGAUGCAUCGCAAUACAGCAAGGCGGACCAGUAUGCGAAGUGGUGCUUCAUCGACCACACUUGGAAGCAUGAUGAGCAUUUACAGCGAGGCUGGUGACUAUGGUGAUGUUGUCGUCACGGGUGAGAUCAUCUUUUCAAUGAAUUAUGAGCACAGGUCUCAGACACUCACCAUCCUUAUUAAAGAAUGCCGCACCCUGGCCUAUGCUGAUGAAGUCAAGAAGAGAUCAAAUCCAUAUGUGAAGUCUUAUCUCCUGCCUGACAAAUCUCGCCAAGGAAAGCGGAAGACCUCUAUCAAACGUAGCACAGUCAACCCCAUCUUCAAUGAAACUCUCACGUAUGAAAUCAGCGAGUCCCAGCUGAUAAUGAGAACAUUACAACUCUCCGUAUGGCAUUAUGACCGCUUUGGACGCAACACCUUCCUUGGAGAAGUGGAGCUUCCACUGGAUUCUUGGAACUUUGACAACAAAUCCGAAGAAUGUCUUCCAUUGCAUGGAAAGGCUUCAUCUGAUGCUGCAUUCUCAAAUUACAAGGGAGAACUAGUGGUGUCACUCAAAUACAUCCCUCCAGCAAAAGCAGUGGGGCUUGGUGCCAAGAACAGAGGUAAAAAAGAUGAAUUAGGAGGAGAACUCCAGGUCUGGAUUAAGGAAGCGAAGAACUUGACAGCUGCCAAAUCUGGAGGGACUUCGGAUAGCUUUGUUAAGGGAUAUCUGUUGCCUAUUCGAAGCAGACUAACGAAGAGAAAAACCCAGGUGGUGAAGAAGACCUUGAACCCUAACUAUAACCACACUUUUGUUUACAACAAUGUAAAGUAUGAUGACCUUGAGAACGUCUGCUUGGAACUCACAGUGUGGGACAGGGAAGCCCUUUCCAGUAACGACUUCCUUGGAGGAGUCCGCCUUGGUGUUGGAAAUGGUGUGUGUAAUGGUGAAAAUGUGGACUGGAUGGAUUCUUUGGGUGAAGAGGUGAAUCUCUGGCAGAGGAUGAGACAGUAUCCAGGAUCGUGGGUGGAAGGAGUGCUCCUGCUACGAUCCACAAUGGGCAAACAGAAAUCCUAGUGAACAAAUCAGAAAACUAUAACCUUCUUCAGUCCUGUGUUUAUAUGUGAUGUAUCAUAUGUGUUUUAUAGCACGAUAAAUUACACUAAAUCUGAACUAAGUCCUGGCUGAUGCCAGGGGCCUUAAUAUGUUUGGGGAAGCCGGAGAGUUGAGCCCUCUUAUACACACACACACACACACACACACACACACACACACACACACACACAAGCCAGAAGUAAUAAGACCAGAUAUCUACAGAACAGAUGCAUGAGUGGAAUGUACAUUACUGUUUUCAGCAUAUGCACUGAACACCUAAGGAGCACAAACUUUGGGAGGGAAACAAACUGCUGCCUGCAUUUAAGCAUUUCAUACAUUUGGCUUUAUGUUUUAACAUUUUUGCAGUGAGUCGCAGAGUAUUGGUGGUAAGAGGAUGUAGGAUGGUGACUUAGGUUACUCAGAACUUGGUGUUGUAAAAUCAGUACUGGCUUUAAGCUCUGCCAUUGAUUUGACUGCUUAUGACUGUCAUGUGCAGUGUAGAGGAGUUGUGCCUGUAUCAACCCUUAAUUGGUGAUGACUGUUACAGUCUAAAAGUAGUUGUGACAGAGUGAUUGCUGUCAGUCAGUACUUUAAACAUGGUAAGUAUUGUAUAUAGUAAGAAAAGUUGAGGCACAUGAGGGAUAGGUAUUAGUACAGUUCACAAAUGAAUUGUUAGCAAAUAUUUUGUAGAGGGUUUUAUUCUUCUGCUUGCUUACAUUAACACAGUAAUCUGCGUUAUACCAUCUCAAACUAAUUAAAAUAUAGCAGUCAUGUUUUCAGUUUGAUGACAUAGGUUCAUAGAUAAGUACUAGGUUAGCUGCCCUUGCAGGCCAUUUUAAGUCCAGGCAGUUUCCCUUUUUUGUGCUUGAAAUAACUUGUCUCAUUUGUGUAUAGAUUGUGCCUACCCAUCUUGUGGUCGACAGUUAUAUAUUACCACUAAUGAGAAUAACUGUGAUCACACCAUAGGUAAUUUGAGGAGACCCGUCCAUGGGAUAAAGCAUUUAGGGCUUGCAUCUGUCCAUUAAUAGUACAGGGGCAGUUCUGGGGUAAAUUGUCUGUUUCCCAUCCUCAAAUCUAAGUUGCACCUGAAAAUGGACAGGUAUGAAAUUUGUUGUGUGUCUGUUCCGUAGCAGUGGUAUCCUCUGCAAAAUAUACGUGUCCCUUCAAACCAUUCUGUUGAUGUUGCAGAAAAGCUUUAGACACCUAGACUGACGGAUUCUUGCUAAUUUUGACUUUCUAUUUGCCAACAUCACCAUUCUGAAUUUUAUCUUCACUGGCCAUUCAGUAAAUGUAUCCUCAGACGGAAUGAUGCUGACCUCAUUUAACAGAGUAGUCAAACCACAGGUUAUAUUAGGUGCAACUGCAGAGCAUGCUUCUGAUGUUGGCAUUUAUUAUACUAUAUAACAAUCAGCAAUAUAAAAAUUGAAUACUUGUGAUGUGCUUCAUAUUAUGAUAAAGGAUUUGAAGCAUCUCAAAAAUGUCCAGUCUUGUAUAUUUUGUCACGGCUCUAUGAUGUAAAGCUGUUUAUAGUCUGCAGUGUUUCUGAUUUGUGUUCUGUAACUUAACUGUUGCAGUGUCUGUACCAUACUGUAGCACAGCCUGUAAGUUAGUUUUGACCUGGCCUUAAUGUAUCCACUUAACUUUGGGAUACCCUUCUUUUAAAAAAUCAUUUUUUAGUUUUGUUGGGCUUGACGUGUGUUGCAUACUGCUGCAAGCCCACUGCCCUUCAGUUUUUACAUUUCAGAGCUUUAGUAAUGAAUUUUAAAGUAAAAUUAUAAAAAACAUUUUAGUGUCGUAGAAAGUCUAUGGCUAAGAUUGCUAAUUAUUUUUUGAAAAGGAAAGCAAAAUAGUUCUACAAAUGAAAUGGCUUGUUCAGGUAAAAUGAAAUUUGAGUUGCAGCUAAAGUAACGUAAACAUUUUAGGGGGGGGGAUUAAUUUCACACACUGACUAUUGCACGAAAGGUGCCAUGUUACACAUUCCUAGCCAUUAAUGGAAAAGCCAGAGCAAUAUUAUAUAGUUAAUAAAAGCUUAAUGCAACUAUGACUUUGAGAGAAGACAGAUGCUACUGAGGGGAUGUAGAUAGAGAAACGAGACAGAACAGUACAUAGAGUUUUGCAGUCAUGUUUUGGGAAACAGGAGUGAGGUCUAUUGCUUUCUGAGUCUUUGCCAACAGUGGAACUAUAUGGAAACAAAUUUUCCCCAGUACUACCACUGGUGAUAUCAGCAUUCAUAACUGGCUUUUCUUUGUAAGCAAAUUGUUUACAAUGUUUUUUUAAAUAAUUAGAAUGAUUUAAGAAUUCCAUUGCCUUUUGCUUAAACAGGAGUGCUAUCAUAACUGACAUCUUUUACAGUAUUUGUCAUCAGUUGCUCUGUUUUAUGUAAUCUUUCUAGUUCCUUAUUAAUUUCUCUGUUUAUACAGUACUAAACAUAAUUUUAUGAAAUUUAUUUCAAUGCCUUUUAACAAAUUCAAAAAUUUUGAGCAAUAAUAAAUAAUAAUGUGGUAAACA